AUGGACUCUGUUAAAAAGCAUGGAUAUGCUUUUUGGAUUGGUGCGACGGAUCGUUCUAAUGAGGAUGAUUUUUACUGGUUAGAUGGGACGUCUUGUUGUGGCGAAGGAUUUUGGGCGAAAGAAGAACCAAAUAAUGUUAAUGGAAAUGAAAACUGUGUCCAAAUUUGGAAAGACGAAGACCGGGAAGGCUUUAACGAUAACACUUGUAGUAAGAAAUUUGGCGCCAUAUGCAUGAUGAAAGAAUGUGAGACAUAUUCCCACUGCGUGCAGCACAGCUGUUACACAAGUGAAAACACUAUUUGUAACAAAUGCGACGGAGACAAUAUCUACUUCAAACGGACACAUUCGAAUACGAUGUGCGAGCGUAUGUGCGCAUGAUAUAACCACCUUUGUUGACCGGGCAAAUGUGGCGGUGACUUAGUGAAAAACUGCCAAUGCUCUGUCGGAUUUCAUAAAGUUUCAAAAGGAACCUCUGAAACUUCCUGCCAAUUAAACAGCAACAACACAGCUUCUAUUGAAACAUGUGCAAUGACAUUGUACAACAGUAAUGGAAAAGGUAGAAGUGCCGAGUCAAACACUACGUCAAAGGCGUGUGAUUUUCUACAAAACUUCUAUGGCAACUUCCAUCCCUCUAGACUUAAAUACGAUUUCGUCUCAUCCUUCCGUAUAGAUGCGUCUGGAUGGUGUACAAAGCCGGGAUACAUAAAAGAAAGUCACUUUGGUGUAACCGAUGCAAAGUUUGUCGUUGUUAAGCGAAGCGUAAUAGGCUCUGAUGUACAGAUAACGGAACACCACGUUUUGAAUGAUACAAACCAAAGUCUUGCGGCCAUGGAAUUAUUUACAACGAAGGCCAAUUUAAGUAUUGCAAGUGUCAGUUAUACCUUACGUGAUGGUGAGAGGCUGUGUGUGCAGUUUAAAGUACAUUCUGGCGGCUAUGUCGUUAGUAAGAAUGAGUAUUCCAUUGAUGACCCACCACGUCCAUACGACAAACCUCGAGCGACCCGAGAGCUCUGUUAUCGUUUCGAUUCGUCGUCGCCAGUGCAUUGUCAAGAAACUCAUGAGUGUUCCUUUGAACCUCUAGAAAUAAGAGAUCGUAUUACGCGAAAUCCGGUUAUACCCGUUAAGUUCAGAGGGUGGCAAGAUCCGAUUCCUGAAAACGGAAACCAAGAACAUGCUUCUGGAAUAGAAUCAUAUACAAUAACGGUUAAUGAGGUAGUUCCGCCGAAUGGUACACUUGGGUCAAGCAUUUUUUCUACGAAAGUGAAUGCAUCGGUUUCAAAUGUGUAUCUGAAUCUAACAUCUGACACCACUAAACUAUACUGUAUAUCAAUCGAAACGAAAGACGUCGCCGAUAACAUCCAACAAGCUAGAAGAUUUGUAUUGUAUGAUAAAACGUCUUCCGUUGAGUCAUUGGAAGAAGAUCUUUUCUUUAUAACAUCAGCUUCAAAACAAACUAAUCAUGAUUGGCAAACACACCACAAUGACAUUUGUAUUGAAUGGGAAGGGUAUUUUUACAACAAAUUUUAUAUGAAUAACAAGCUGCUAAACCCUGUUACGCCCGCACCAUUCAAUCUGAUACCAAUAGACAGUGUGUACGAGCAGAAUAAAGGACUUUUGCCAGUUUCAGGAACGACAAAUGUUGAUGGAAUCAUCCAGUUUAACUUAAAUUGGUUACGAUUUGAUCGCUUUGGUUUCAAAGGUUCAUAUGAACAAGCGGUUCAAAAUUUUACGAGGCAGCGCACUUGCAAAAGUCUUAAUAUGUCCGACGGUGACACGUUUGUGUUUCAUGUUGAUGCAAUAGAUAUUGUAAACAACUCACUUGUGAGAAACAGAACUGUGUUCAUAGAUCGAACAAUUCCUAAUGUAAACAAUAUCUACUUGGUAAAGAAUGGCGAACAUAUGCUGUUUGUACAUGAUAGCACAGAACUUUCAACAAUGUUGCUGUAUUUUGAAGCGUUUGAUAUCCAUAGUGGGGUGCAAAACGUUUUGUGGAAACUAGAAACAAGCGAUAGAUCUCUUACACUCGGAGACGGGGCGAUCGGUGCUGUCACAUUAGAUUCUGACUGCGGAAACGAAAGUGCAACUUGUUAUUGUCCCUCCAUAGGAAAAUGUGAACAUUUUAACUACACUGUAUCAUUAAACAAACUUCAAGCUCUAGGAACCAACAACGGAAAUCACAACAGAAAUUACGUGUUUACACUUUACGUAACAAACCACGCAUUGCUUACAAGUGUUGAGUAUUUAGACAUUUUGGUCGAUGGCUCGCCACCAGAAAAGGGUGUUGUGUUCGAAGGUGCAUCUGGUGCCAACGAGGUAGAUUAUACCAGUGAUACGGAGUUUCUUGUUAACUGGCAUGGCUUUAUCGACCACGAAAGCGGCAUCAAGAAAUAUAUCGUUGCUAUAGGAGAGAUGCUUGAAUGCUGAAGAGUUGAUGCUUGACAAAGAUAUCUCAACAAACAUAAGUUUUGUUCAAAAAAAGGAAGUACUUUACACCGAAACAACGACAAAAUUUUAUGUAAAUGAAACAGGAACUUUCUACACAAGUGUCAUUGCAUU